AUGGGCCAGAGGGGUGCUGGGCCAGAGAGGGGGGCUGGGCCAGAGGGGGGUGCUGGGCCAGAGGGGGGUGCUGGGCCAGAGGGGUGCUGGGUCAGAGGGGGUGUUGGGCCAGAGGGGCUGCUGGGCCAGUGUAAGGACGUGGGCCAGAGGGGGUACUGGGCCGAGGGGAGUGCUGGUUGUUCCUAG